GCUUAAACAAAGGCGAAGACGAGUCUCCUUCCUAGCUCCGCCUACGAUGACGCCGCCACCUUCGCCCCCCCGUCGUCUUUCUCGCGAACAAGAAUUAUCAGUCAUGGUUUCCGCCCUCACGAACGUCAUCACCGGUUCAGUCCCUUCCUCCACCACCGCCGUUGAUUUUUCUUUAGAUUUUCGUACCCAUGCUGUCGGAGCUUCUUCUUCAACUGACAUUGCCGGUGGGAAUAUGGUGGUAGAAGCGAGUGAAGUUAUGGAUAAGUGCCAAGUGUGCAAAUUUGACGACUGUUUAGGCUGCAACCUUUUCCCGCCAAUUCAGCAGGAAGACAAAAAGGGCGGAGCAGCCACGUCUUCUACGACUAGAACUAAAAGAGUGAAGAAAAACUACAGGGGAGUUCGACAAAGGCCGUGGGGAAAAUGGGCUGCAGAGAUACGAGACCCGCGUCGCGCCGUCCGGGUCUGGCUCGGAACCUUCAAUACAGAGGAGGAAGCUGCCCGUGCUUACGAUAAAGCCGCCAUCGAUUUCCGUGGACCCAGAGCUAAACUUAACUUCCCAUUCCCCGACAGCACCAGCAUUGAGAAUGCAACAACACCAUCCGCCGCCGCGGCGACCACCGCAGCAACAAGUAUAGUUUUGUCCGAUCAGAUAAAUGCGAGCAUGGGGACUGAGUUUUGGGAUAGAAUAGGCGAAGAUGAGAUUCAACAAUGGAUGAAGAUGACGGAUUUCGAUGUGGAUGGCAACAACAAUUCCUGGGAUUCUGCUACCACUACCAGAAACCCUAAUAGGUCUUGA